CUCUUUGCUGUGCGUAUUAAAACGUAAGAUAUUCAUACUAUUUAAAUGGAUUGAGAGAAAGAGAGUGGAUGGAUGUAGGGGAGGGUUAUCUAUUAUUAUAUGGAUAUGGAUGAUCAAUUAAUUCUCCAGAUAACAACAGAAUGUCAAUUUUAUUGUAUAUAUAUAUAUAUAUAAAAAGGAUUGAUUUAAAAUUCGACACAUUGUUAAAUCAGAUCAUUAAAGCAUCAAUCUAAUUAAUGAUCAAAUGAAAGGAAGAUUAAGAUGGUUGAAAAAAAAAAAGACAUUUAGAUAAUAAUGGGAGAAUGAAAAGGAGAGGAAGGGGGAAAUGAAAAGAUGCAUAGACACGUUUGGGCGGGGUAUUGGAUGAAUUCAGUUUAUAGAUACUUACGUUUAUUUUGUUUUAAUUAGACACUAUUAGAUAAAUAUGGUCAGAUACGCUGCUACCCCAGCUAACCCUGCUAAGGCUGCCAAGUCUAGAGGCUCUUAUCUUCGUGUUCAUUUCAAGAAUACUCAUGAAGUUGCUGCUGCUAUCAAGGGUUUGAAGUUAAGCAAGGCUUAUGCUUACCUUAACAAUGUUACUGAACACAAGCAAGCCAUCCCCUUCCGUAGAUUCAACGGUGGUGUUGGUCGUACUGCUCAAGUUAAGGAAUUCGGUACUACCCAAGGUCGCUGGCCUGUUAAGUCUGUCAAGUUUGUUACUGACUUAUUGAAGAAUGCUGAAAGUAAUGCCGAGGCUAAGGGUUUGAAUGUUGAAGAACUUUACAUUUCUAGCAUUGUUGUUAACCAAGCUCCUAAGCACCGUCGUCGUACUUAUCGUGCUCACGGUAGAAUCAACCCUUUCAUGUCUUCUCCUUGCCACAUUGAAAUUAUUCUUACUGAAAAGGAAGAAGCUGUUUCUCGUGCCGCUGACAAGAAGGUUGUUAAGCUUAAUGCUCGUCAAUUGGCCCGUAAUGCUCGUCUU